AUGGGUUCAGCUAACGGAUCAUCUCGCCUUCUCGUUUGCUGUUGCUGUGUAACUUUUAUCAGUGUGCUUUUCUUUUGUGUCGGUUUUGUGAGAUUAGAACUGGAGUUAAGAUCUCAUACGGAGAGAAUCGUAGCACUGGAGCAACAGCAGAAAGUGAACGAGACAGUAAAGGAUGCUCCACCCUUGAGCGAAGGUAAGCGCCUAAUAAAACUGUGCACUCUAUCAGCUGCUAGUGAACGAUCUGAGUAGUCACAUGGUUCGCCUUCCUUUCUUGCAGUUACCUCUCUAAGGGCUUGUCGAGAGUUUAAUUACAAAAUUUUACAAAGGGAUAAGUUAUCGAUCACUGUGAGUUCAUGCGAAAACUCAAUCAUGCAAGCGCACUUAAGACGAUAUGUUACACGUGAAGCUUUCAAAUGAGCGACUUCCUUCUGCUUUUGCCAUGUAUUGGUUCGAGAAAAGCACGCAAAAUAUUCCAGUAUUCCAUGAUGACAGAUCUUUAAAUUUUCGAAAAGUUCGCAACAACUCGGUCAGAAUUUGGGAAAAUAAUCGCGGCUUUUAAAUCACGUUUUUUUUUAAUACGAACACAGUUCUGAAAACUUUAAGUGUUAGUACAAAUAUAAUGAAGGAGAAUAUACAUGCCGAAACAAGUGUACUCUGGAAUUUUAUCCAACAUCAUAAAACAUCAUAGGGCAGAACUAGCUGAAGACCGUGCUUUCUUAGUCUGUAAAACACCAUUAUUCACUUGGAAUUCAUGCGCUCUACGCAAAGGAACAACCAGUGCUUUAUGAUUGGUAGUUGGCUGCAUUUUUGAGAUUGGAUAAGCAGACUCUGAAGUGAUAUUUUAGCCUUACUUGUGAACGCGCUUCGGCUCCAAACUCUGAGGUUUUUAAAGUUUCAGAGAAGUAACUAAGCCUACAAGGCUUUUGGGGUAUCAAGUCGAAUAAAAUGAAGCAAAACGAUCGAGAUCGGAAUGAUUACAAUCAAUCAAAAGGUGUACCGCAUAAUCGAUAUUAUGGUAGUUUCUUGAAUUGGUUCUGAAGAUGAGCGAAAUCAUCAAGUGAAGUAACACAAAAGAUUAAAAAGACAGUGAGCAAUACCACACCACAGCACAAAAAAGAACCAAGAAAAGUCUGAAUCGUUCCGCAACACCAGAAAACACCUGGUAUCAAUGUUGAAACUCGGGAAAGUGCAUUUGAAGUUUAUUGUGCUAAAUAUGGCUCAGAUAACAACGGGGUUGUUGUUCUAUGAUGUUAUUCUUAGUAGAUGAUUUUUUUUAACAGACAUGCAUGAGACACACUAAAGACACCGCCAUGUUAUAAAUGUGCCGCACUGGCUCACGGCUCCCCCAAAAAUUAACAUGACUUCGGUUACCUAUUUUUAUUUUUAAGGAAAUGCUCAUUCCUUGAGUAUGAACUCGAAGCAGUUAUCAGCUCAUCACAGUAGACGAAUUGUUCGGGCGGUUACACCCACGGAAGAAGCAGAAAGCUCUUUAGCUCAAGAGAUACAAAAACAGAUCAACAAGGCUGUUCACACGAGCACAAGAAAACUCUGCACCAACAAAGGACAGAUUUGUGUUCAAGGUCCUCCCGGGAAAACAGGACCACAGGGACUUCAAGGGCCAAUGGGACCCCCCGGUAUGAAGGGCCAAAAAGGGGAACCUGGAGAACCGACUUCAACAUCUCUGCAGCUAUUCAGGGGGGAACCUGGAAGUAUUAUUUCAACCCCCGAGAUUUUGGUCAAGCCCGCAGUAAAAACUGUAACAUUGAAUGAAUCGGCUACGUUUCAGUGCUCACCGGAGAGAAAAGUUAACGCGAAAAUAUCAUGGGCUAAAGAAGGUGGCUCUCUUCCCACUGGACGAUAUUCUAUUGUGAAGGGGACUCUACAUAUCAAGAAUGUGAUCGUUGGAGACAACGGGAUGUACGUAUGUACGAUCCGAACUGACCAGGGAACCGCGCAGGCUACAGUAACACUCAACGUCAGAGGUAUGAGCAGAAAAAUUCAGUGUCAUUUUGAACAUAACACGUCCUCCAUUAAUAAAGGAAACUGACCCUCGGUUAACACAAAGGGGUCACUGACUCCUCAAAGAAGCGCCCCAUUCCUAAAUGGAGGCCUGAUCUACCAAAGAAAUGAUUAGUAUAGUCAAUUAAUUGACGUAACAGUAGCCUUGAUUAAAUUUAAUACCUGCAAUCAUCCAAACUGCAAUCUACGCCGCGCUCUGAUUUUUCUUAUGCUACAAAGUAGCCAAAGUAAUCAAGUUUCAUCACGCUGUAUCAUAAUGCUUUAAUUAGUGAUUACGCGACUAGUUUUUUUUUCAUUCAUCUGAAAAUUCAACCCUGAACCGUUCAAUGUUCGUAAACUGACCAAGAUUCAAAAUGUACGAGGCGGUUUGUAGUCAGAGCCGGACCGUAUAAUAAAAAGCGCGGCUUAAGACGUUGAAGUGACUGAUGGGUAAAGGGUGUAAAAUCUGCAUCUUACGAUUAUGACAAUUUGAAAAUUUGCUUAAGUCAGUUCCUUUUUGCUCAUGUACGCUGUAAGUUAUCUUCGAGAACUGUUAAUUAAGUAACUGAAGAGGUCAUAGUUUUUUUUCUCAUUUCAGCAGUUAUUUUACGUUUACACCUACCUACCAACGUUAAACAAAUCAGCCUUAAUUGGAUUGAAAAUGCCACCAUGUUACAUUAAUAGACUUUCUGGUCUUCUCGGAUAAGGACGAAAAACCGUAGGUCGGCCGUCUCACAGCACACACUGGUUCUUUUGGGACGUAACCCACACAACUGUUCGAAACAAGGUAGAUUAGGGAACGUAGACCCUGGUGGUGUGGCCAACCUUUCCUGGGCUGGGUGGGUAAUAUCUGUUAGUGAUCAUGAUCUUAAUAUAGGGAUAACCUCAUGAUCCUUCUUCAGGUGUCGUAUGUAAUGGCUACCUGUAAACAGCCAUGUGAGUGUGUGUAUGUAAUGUGCCUUAUAAAAAGAAGGGAAUUUUACACCCCAAAACAAAACGCAUGGAAACAUUCAGAACGUACAGAUAACUGGAAUGUUUUGACCUUGCAUUAGACAGGGUUUUUAAUUUAAAAGAAGGAGACGAAAGUGCACGUGAACACACGCUGGUAAACAUCAGUUGUUCUCGCUGUUUUGUUUUGUUUUGUUGCAGCUCGUCCAGACGUUUCUCUUAUCACUGGUCCAAUAUACGCUGAGAGCGGGAAAAAUGUCAAAUUGCCUAAAUGCCAGAUCAUUGGAUAUCCACCUCCAGUAAUAUCUUGGACUAAACUUUUUGACCAAAUUCCCACUGAAAGAGCAGUUGUCGAAGGUCAAACAUUGACCAUAGUAAAAGCUAAGAAGAAGGAUGCCGGAACGUAUAUUUGCUCUGCUACAAAUUUUAUGGGCACUUCGCACGCAAUGACAACCUUAAUCAUCAAUAUAGUGCCGCAGUUUACUGUUAGGCCACCCAAGAUGAUAGAGCGUUAUCUUGGACAGUCAGUUACAUUGAACUGCUCUGCAGAUGGACACCCAGUACCGAGUAUCACGUGGUCACGUUGUAAAGGACACAUUCCAGAAGGGCGCGCACAAGUNUUGUUCUCGCUGUUUUGUUUUGUUUUGUUGCAGCUCGUCCAGACGUUUCUCUUAUCACUGGUCCAAUAUACGCUGAGAGCGGGAAAAAUGUCAAAUUGCCUAAAUGCCAGAUCAUUGGAUAUCCACCUCCAGUAAUAUCUUGGACUAAACUUUUUGACCAAAUUCCCACUGAAAGAGCAGUUGUCGAAGGUCAAACAUUGACCAUAGUAAAAGCUAAGAAGAAGGAUGCCGGAACGUAUAUUUGCUCUGCUACAAAUUUUAUGGGCACUUCGCACGCAAUGACAACCUUAAUCAUCAAUAUAGUGCCGCAGUUUACUGUUAGGCCACCCAAGAUGAUAGAGCGUUAUCUUGGACAGUCAGUUACAUUGAACUGCUCUGCAGAUGGACACCCAGUACCGAGUAUCACGUGGUCACGUUGUAAAGGACACAUUCCAGAAGGGCGCGCACAAGUGGAGAGUGGACAACUAAAGAUAAACAGUUUGACAGCUGAAGACAGUGACACCUACACCUGUAGAGCUCAGAGCGAGUUAGUUCACGUGGAGACUGAAGCAAAAGUUGUCGUCAAAACUGGUAAGAAGUGAUAAUUUAUAAGAGGUUCUUAUAAACGUGUGUUCUAUUUCAUCCCGAUAAUGUCAUAAAAGGACGUCACCUCAUCAAUAUCAUUAUUGGUGUUGUAGACGAUCGUUGUGUCUAUGAUUCGAUUCUCAAAAGCUCUUUGGAAAGUGUGCCUGUUCUGUUUACUACAAUAUCGACUGUACUAGUAAAAUCUCUAGUUUUUUUGGUGUCCUCUUAAGAUAGAAUAUAGCAUCAAAUCUAAAUGGUAAGACCACAUUCUGAGGACUUACACCCCUUUUUUUCUGGUUUUAUAAGAAUUGACAUACUAUUUCAAUCAUGCAGCUGUGAAGGUUUGAAUGCCAAAAGUAAUGACCAGGUUUUAACACACGGUUUUUAGUUGUGUUUCUUCUCCGUUUUAAUUCGUUUUGCAUUGUUUCGGGUUGGGUGAGAUGCCAAAAGCAGAAAAAUCCGUUUUUGAAAAAGAAUAAGUCAUUUUAAAAAGCUAUUUCCUUCCUUACUUUAUUCCCUCUGAAUGAAUCUCUCUUUUACAGCAAGGGACUGUGCCGAGUUGUUUUCAGCCGGCUUCAAAGAAAGCGGCGUGUACACAGUAAACCCAACCAACAGAUCCAGUUUUGACGUGUACUGUGACAUGAAGACGGAUGGCGGUGGAUGGACAGUCUUUCACAAACGCUUUAAUGGGUUUGUCGGAUUCUUCAGGGGGUGGGACGAGUACAAAAAUGGCUUUGGAGACGUUAGAGGAGAGUUUUGGCUUGGAAACGAAAAAAUCCAUCAACUGACGGAGAUUCCGAGCCAGCUGCGUGUAGAGAUCAACACCACGUCCGCCGGGUAUAAAUACGCCAAGUAUAGCAAUUUCACGGUCACUAAUGAAGCAUCUAACUACACAUUGUUCAUUGGGUUUUAUUCUGGUACAGCAACUGACAGGCUGGCUUAUUAUAAUGAAAUGGCUUUUACUACUAAGGACCGUGAUAAUGACAAACACAAAACUGUCAACUGUGCUGUGAGUAACAGAGGAGCCUGGUGGUACAAAAGUUGUACGUCCGCUUCAAACCUGAACGGCAACUAUGGAGACAGCUCUUAUUAUUCUUGGAACUGGUAUCUCCACGGAAGUGAAAUGAAACUGAAGCCAAAGCUAAAGGCCAAGUGA